AUGCAGAUGAAAGAACACCGAAAAUUUUUGUCAAUGUUUAAGCAGUUGGAAGCAACACCGGUGAACAAGAUCACGCAUUAUAAUAAAAGACACGAUAUUCCAGAUGGUUUUUGCUAUAUGAUUCAACAGGAGGUCACCGGGAUCCGAGCGGUGGUGAUUUUCACCCAGUCUGAUAAUAAUUUGGUGAAUUUGACGACGGAAUUUGAAUUAUGA